CAGGUGCGAUAUGAGUUUUACGACACUGUGAAGACACGUUAAUGCAUCAUUGGCUCAGCCGGUGUGUGCUGUGAUAUUGAGAGGUCAUACAUUUUCAAAAGUCGAACUUAUUGGACCAGGGGAGAGCCAAGAUGUCUGGAGAGUUGUCGCUCAACAUUAACAUUAAGGAACCUAGAUGGGACCAGGGAACCUUCAUGGGCCGUGCAAAACACUUCUUCAUGGUCACAGAUCCCAGGAACGUCCUGCUGUCCUCUGAGACUCUGGAGGAGGCCAGAGUAAUCGUAGAGAACUACAGAACCGGCACCGUAAAACCGGGUUUGACCGAGGAUGAGCUCUGGAGAGCUAAGUACAUUUACGACUCUGCUUUCCAUCCCGACACUGGAGAGAAGAUGUUUGUGAUUGGUCGGAUGUCUGCUCAGGUGCCCAUGAACAUGUCCAUCACAGGCUGCAUGCUCACGUUUUACAGGACUACUCCAGCAGUUGUGUUCUGGCAGUGGGUUAACCAGUCCUUCAACGCCGUUGUAAACUACACCAACCGCAGCGGAGACGCUCCCAUCACCGUGAACCAGCUUGGUGCCGCUUAUGUUAGCGCAACCACAGGGGCCGUGGUCACUGCACUCGGACUCAAGUCUCUGGCUACGCGACUCCCCCCAAUCGUCAGUCGGUUUGUCCCUUUUGCUGCUGUUGCUGCUGCCAACUGUAUCAAUAUCCCCUUCAUGAGGCAGAGGGAGCUGAAGUAUGGGAUCCCUGUGAUGGAUGAGAACGGAAACAGGUUAGGAGAAUCUGCCAAUGCUGCCAAACAAGCCAUUGUCCAGGUGGUGGUGUCCAGGAUUGGCAUGGCAGUGCCUGCUAUGGCCAUUCCUCCUGUUAUAAUGAAUGCUCUGGAGAAAAGAGCCUUUAUGAAGCGUUUUCCAAUUCUAAAUGCUCCUGUCCAAGUUGGUCUAGUCGGUCUAUGCCUGGUGUUCGCUACUCCUCUCUGCUGCGCCCUGUUCCCUCAGAAAAGCUCUAUGAGCGUAAGCGGGCUGGAAACAGAUCUGCAGGAGAGGAUACGGCAGUUAAGUCCAGACACCAACAAUGUCUACUUCAACAAGGGCCUGUAGGCGCAUGCGCAGAAAACAUGCAAACAUACAGAGAUCUGUCUGUCACCAAAAGGAACAAGUUUGAGUGUUUAAAAAAAAAAAAAAAA